UGUUAAGGCUGUCCAGGUCGCCUACAGUUGGUGUGACGCUGGGCGUGAGAUGAAGGAGAUCACAGGCGCCCAGAGGCACCCAUAGCUCAAUGGUGCCUUCUUUCAAUGAGAGAAGCAGAGCACAUGUUCCUACACGUUGUUUAUUCCCGCCAUCUUUGGUAAACACUUGCCAUAUCAGCACACCGCUCAUCCUAUUUUUCAAAUUUCAGAUAUUACGAAAAUCGCGGGUAACGGGAAGGUUGAACCCUUUAAUAAGUGGGAUGGGCCCCUCCCCACGUUCAAACAGUUCUGCAACCCGCAGUUGACUGCUUCACUAUUUCGUUCUCGACACCCUCAAGAUGCCUUCCGUGACGUCGAACAGUGUGUCAGGCUGCUCUUUGUUCAACGUUCGCAAAUUAAACGCAGCCCGUUAUCUGCAUGGAACCUCAUCUACAUCGACGAUCGCAGGAUUUCCGGACGAACUGCUGUCUGCCAUAUUUCAUAACGCAACGCACGAUUUUCACGACUGUUAUGACGCUAUAUUUCAAGCUACUACAAUCUCACAUGUCUGCCAACGCUGGAGAAACGUAUCUCUUUCAACCUCAUCAUUAUGGACCGUCAUCGUUCUCACCUUUCCUACUCAUCGCAACCAAAUCUUUCGCACCGUCAACUGGCUUGCCCGUUCCCGUUCCCGCCCUUUGCACAUUUACAUGGAUUUCCGCGAUCCAGCAUGGAAUUGGGACGAAGCGUCACAUUGCUUCGGCUGGAAAAAUAUGGAAAACGUUAUGCGACUUAUCUUGCCCCAUGCACACCGGUGGCAGAAAGUUGAACUUCUCACAGACACCUGGGCUCCUAUUUUUACCUUCCUCUCCUAUUCUUCCCGCCUAAAAUCAACUCCUAUGCUAGAAGAUGUCCUUCUAUCCCGCUGUAACGCCUUCUUUGCUGCAAAGGGCGAGCUCUUCCGCCCUGCUGCAAUGAGGCUUCCAAUCUCUUGGUUCGGGGGAGGCUCUGCGUUUCACAGCCUUCGUCGGGUCUCCCUCGCCGGUGUACACGUGAACUGGACAAACUCGGGAUUAUCGGGUCUAUUGGAACUCGAACUCAAGUAUCACGCGAGCGAGGUGAUGCCCACAUUACAUGAGUUUUGUGACAUCAUAUCUGCAUGUCCCGAACUCGAGCGAUUGAGCAUUUUGGGAUGGGGUCCUCAAUUAAACGUAGACGUCGCACCCAAGCAGCGCACUCUUUACCUUCCUCAUUUACGAGUCUUUGCCUUCGGAUUCAUCGAUGUCGAUUAUGCGAUUGAUCUCUUGUCGCUCUUUCACUUCGCUGCCCUCAAGACGCUUUCGCUGGAGGACAUUUCCUCCUCACUGGAUCCGUUGCACCCAUGUGAUGCAUCCCGUCUUCUGGAAUAUCUCGCAGCUGCUCACCACGGGUCGUGCACAACCUCGGCUCAUCCAUUCCCAUGCACAACGUGCGGACCAUAUCCCUUAUCUGUACUGAGUGCCUUAGAGCUUCAUGGCCUUACAUCAUGUGAAGCUUCUUUGCGCUGCUUUCUGGAGGAAACCAUGGCUCUCGACCAUCUCGUAUUGUCUGGUCUAGACAAGACGAAUCUCCAAGCAAUCAUUCCAGACUUAAUCACCGCAGCGCUCUGCCCAAGUCUUCUCGACUUGAAAUUCAACGACGCAGACUCGACGACCACCGCGUUAUUGACCUCCCUUCCAGCCGGUACCGUGCGCAACCCCCAUUCUCCCCCGAUGCGUGUCGUCAUCAACAAUACUAGUGAAGACGAAUCGCAUGACCUUGUUCUCGCGUUGCGGGCCGCUGGCAUUGCGGAUAUAUUCACAGGGAAUGACAUUUCCUGAGUAGAGGCUUGGCAAGGGAAGCCGCAGUAUCAUUCGUUCAUUUUAACGUACCGCCCCCCCAUCAGUCGCUCCUUCUUCCCUUCCUGUCAGUGGUCACUGCAUGCUCCCCCCUU